AUGUCCUUCUAUCAAGCUGCAUCUCAGGAAUCUGAAUCUGGGCUUCAGCCUACUGUCGAUGGUGACCGGCAGCGGAAAGUCGACGUCCAUCAUGAUGACGAGGAAAACGGCGAGGUCCGCACUGGCGCUGGUUGCCCGUUCUCAGAUCUUUCCAGCAUACUCAUUCCCAAACAGACAGACUAUGGGGAGGAUAUCUCCGAACUGAUUCUUCAACUUAGAGAUGAUGACCCACAACCGCUCUCUGAGGCAGAAACAGAUUAUGGGGACGAUCUAUCAGCUAUUCAAAAUUACGAAGACCUUCGCGAGUGUCAUCCAACAUCAGCGGCCCCCGUAACCCAAUUACCACUGGUCCCAGCUAAUUCCACUCAGUCGGACGCGAACGAGAGUUCUCAGAGCUCGAUUCGCUUAGGGAAGAGAAAGGCCAGCGACAUCUCGGACGCUGGCUCCACCCAAUCUACCAAACCCACGAAAAGCUAUCGCUCGGAUCCGGAUAUAUUUGAUCCCGAAAAACCAUACAUAAUCGCUCACGACCCGGCUGUCGAAGAGAUGAUGAACCAAAAAGGGAUCAAAUUGGGGGUUGCAUAUGAAAUCGCCAGGCUGAUUUCAAGGGAUUACAUCACAAACGACAAUAUUACUUCGGCUGAACUUGACGUCCUUCAAGGAAAAAAUAGUGAGGCUGCGCCUAAAGUCUUGAAUGCUCUGAAAGGUCCCAGCUCGGCCGAAGCGAAGACCUUGGAAUCACACCCUGCCUUUUUACGAGAAAAGGCUGCCAAGGUGCCGUGGAGUGAGUUGGACGUCGAAGAAGAAGUACUGGCCAAGGACCAAUUUGGUGGUCUCGGCAAUAACCCUGAAUAUCCCGGCUGGUACGGGGGAAAGAUAGAAUUCCGAGCUAAGCUGGAGAAACUCGGCACAAAGCAAUACAAGAUUGUUCUAGAGGACUGCAUCCUCGGCGCGUCGUGCCGGUUCACUCGACGUUUCGGCUCCUGGUCUUUUCUUCGCAUCAAAGUUCCAUUGGAUAUCUUCCAUGAGAGCGACAACGGCCUUGGUCUAUUCUUCAAGAGACCUUUUGUGCUUUGGGGUCGCGUUUUCAAAACUUUCUAUGCAAAGGAUCAAACGGUCUUCUUGUUUAAGACGAACGAAGCUUGUCCGGGCCUAGACUCAAGAGGGUCGAACCUUCCGGGGCUGUCACUGCAAGAAUUUCUCAUGUGGCAUAACCCGCUCCAAGAAAACAGCCAACAGUCAAUGACAAAAUGGGCAGCACGCACUGUGCUUGGACUUUCAAAUUCCGUGCCGGGUCCGCGAAUUCCUCAAGAGAACAUCGGAUUUGAGGAUGAUGUUGUCUCGCUGAAAGGUUCCGAUAUGACCGACGGCUGUGGUUACAGCAACAAGCCCGUUCACUUGUUUUUACUUCAUCAACUCAACUUGGACCUGCUCCCAAGCGCUUUUCAAUUUCGCUUUGCAGGUUGCAAGGGGAUGUCGCUCAUACGAGAAGACGAGCAGCCGAUGGACAACGAGCGCCGGAUAUGGUUUCGGCCUUCGCAGACCAAAAUCAAGUACCCAGCGGGCCAGCCUCUCGACCCCGCAAUGUUGACCAUUGACCUCCUUCGAACGUCUCGUUUGAGAACGCCAGCUCGACUAUCGCCCGAAACGAUUAUCAAUCUCCAUGAAAACGGAGUUCCCGAGGACGUCUUUUUUGAUCUGAUGAAGGAAAGCAUUCAGGAAAUGGUAACAAGUCUUACGACAUGGGAGGGACCGAACGCAAUGUUUCACCUGUGGGCCAAUGUCGAACGUGCAGGAGGCGUCUUUGCUGGGCGUCGGGCGCGGGAAGCAGUUGGAGAGGCGCGUGCGCGCGGAUAUAGCAACCGAUCCCCCGAUGAAGAAGAGGAUGAGCAGGCGGACGAGGACGAGCUUGAUAGCGGAAAAAACUAUCGCUCUACUCCUUGGUGGGGUGAUCAGAUAUCGGGAUGCCCAUCAACUCUUGAAGAAACCAUAAUGGUUCUACUGGACUCUGGAUUCACACCUCAAACCAGCCCCAUCCUCCGAGAGAAGUUGAAGCAAUGUAUCACGAAGAAAGUUGAAAACCGGUCUUCAAACAUACGUUUCGAAGUCAAACAAAGUGCAAGUGCUUUCGUCGUCCCAGAUCCGUAUGGGGUGCUUGGUCCUGAUGAAAUACAGAUCAAGAGUUCCCAUAGAAAUCUCAUAGGAAUUGAUGGCCUGGAGACUGACAUAAUUCUUGGUGAUGUUUUGGUGAUCUCCAUUGUUUCCCACUAUAGUCCCGAUGUGUUGCUCAUCGUGAUGCUCUUAUCAGAUUACGAGGAACCCUUGCAAGGUCAAGGCGGUCGAACACCCCCUUCUGCGGAACUUUCUGGACGUCAUUGUUUGCUCAAUACAAGGUCUCCGGCGAUUGCUGGAUUUUCUCGCGGGAGGUGCGGUAUUUGUUGCUUAGUUGCGACUCCAGCUAAUGUGUUUCAAGGUGACUAUGAUGGUGAUAAAGCUCUGGUCAUUUGGUUCGUACUUAUCGUCUCCAGCUUCGAGAUCCCAGACGAGAAGCAUUCCUACGAGCCAAAAAAUAUUCACCAGGCUUUCACCCAAGAGAAAGAAACAGGAUCUGAGUUUCUUCAACGAACGAGGUCAAUGACACCUUCUUCAGUGAUGCUGGAGAUGCAAAAUUACUUGCUUGGUGCCCUCCGCGACACAUCUCUUGUCGGCCAAUACUCAACGAUGCACGACAAUGCCAUAUACCAAUUAGGAUACGCUCACCCACGUACCGUUAAACUAGCCUACAAAUUUUGCAAGGUUCUUGAUAGCCCCAAAACUGGCUGGAAAAUCAAGCCAGAGACGAUCAAAGGAGACAAGAGGGAGUAUUAUCAUCCUCGAGGCCCCCAGUGGAAAGCAGCCGACAAAAAAAAGAAAAAGAGAGGCUCAAAAAUUGAUACUACCAAUUUACCUUAUCUUCAACGCCGGCAAGAUUCACCAUACGUCCACGGAGAGUUCAUCAUGGACAUUCUUCGCAUCAUGGCGAAGAAGGAAACUGACGGUUUGCUGGCGGAUGUCGAAGCGUUAUUCUCGAAGUUCAAGGUUGAAGAUGACGACAAUAUUGCUGCGCCUUGGAACAAUGCGGUCGCGUGGGCGGAACGGGGAGAUGAUCUGAGGAUAAUCAGAAGCAAGCGCAAGGAUUUGGCCAUCAUUUCGCAACAUGUUCAGCAUAUGUUCAAGACCCAUGGUAGAAUGCUCAGGGGUAUUGGGAAACAUAGCUCGUUCACUGAGAGAACUAUCAGUGAUCGCCAAGAUGUUCUGCGAGCGCUAUCGCUAGAAUUUUCCUCGUCGCCAAAACUCGAGGACGUUCCGACUAUCAUUGACGAAGAUACCCUUUCCCGCUUGCGAGCGUCGUAUGCCUAUAUCUACGAUCGAGAACAAUGCUCAGGGAAAGAGGGAUGGAGCCGCUUUCCGUGGAAUAUGGCGACGCGAGAACUCUGCACGAUUAAGGCCAAAGCACUUGGCCCCUACAAGACGGUUACUGAUGACUUUUACCAGCAGCUACGACUCAAAACUGGUUGGUCACAUCGCCCGCUCUUACUCUCGAUUACAGACCCCAAGGACAGCUAG